AUGGCGUCCUCUGGCUCGACUCUUCUUCCUCCAAGCCAACCCUCGUCGGUUCCUCCGCUCGCCGCGCUCGCGCUCCCGCAUCUCACCGCCGCGGGCCUCCCCCAACAGCGCGCCGAGCCGUUCCUCCGUGCCCUCAACGCCCUAGUCCAGUCCUGCGCAGCAAACGGCCUCUCAAUUUCCGCCACGUGGCAGCACGUGGCGCGUUCGCUGCUGCGGCCCGACGUGCCGUUCCCCGUGCACGAGCUGCUCUACUCGUCGGCCUUCGCCACGUGGCGCGAGCGCGCGCUCGGACCGCCCCCAGUGUGGACGCCGACGCGGGAGGAGGCGCGGCAAACCAAUUUAGGCCGCCUGCUGGAUAGCAGCGAGGGCAGGAAGCUUCUCGGAAAGGCGCAUGACGAGCCUCUGGACCUGCCGGGUGACUUCUUGCAGCUGCAGCGACUGUCGUACGACCGGCCAGAGCUCUACUGGCCAAUCGUUCUCCGCCACCUGGGCAUCAUCUUCCACAAGCCCCCUCAGAAGAUCUUCUCUCUGCCCGAGGAUCCCAUGGAACAUUCACAGCUGCCCGGAGGGCGCUGGGUGGCGGUGGUGUGGCGGGAGGAGUGGGAGGAGGGGGCACCUGUGCGGCACAUGACUAUCGGCGAGCUGAGACAGCGAGCAGUUGCGGUCGCCCAGUCCCUACAAGCACGCGGCAUCCGCCCAGGCGACCCCAUAGCACUGGCGCUGCCGAUGACGGUGCACUCAGUGGCGGCGUACCUGGGCGUGCUGUUGGUCGGGGCGGCCGUGGUGUCCAUCGCUGACAGCUUCUCUGCUCGCGAGAUGGCUUCUCGCUUGAAGAUUUCUGGGGCCAAGGCGAUUGUCACACAGGACUUCAUUCCACGUGGCGCAAAGCUGCUGCCACUCUACAGUCGGGUGGUGGAGGCGGGUGCGCCGCCCGCCAUUGUCCUGCCAGCCACUGAGGGAGCGCCACGUGUCGCGUUGAGAGAGGGCGACGUGUGGUGGAGCAGCUUCCAGGCUGAGGGGCAGCAGCGAGCAACAGACAGCAGCACCAGCAGCGUGCCAGGUGUCAGCAUGGCAGUGGACGCCAGCAUCAACAUUCUCUUCUCCUCCGGCACCACUGGCACCCCCAAGGCCAUCCCAUGGUCAGCGCUCUCGGCCAUCAAGGCUGCUGCAGACGCCUGGGCGCACCACGAUGUGAGGGGCGCGCAGUGUGGCACACAGGGGCCAGACGGGAGUGCGGGAGAGGAUCAUGGCAGCGCACAGCAGCAGCAGCAGUGGGAGGGGGCGGACAUCAUCUGUUGGCCGACGAGUCUGGGGUGGAUGAUGGGCCCCUGGCUGCUCUUCGCCGCUCUGCUCAACGGCGCCACCAUCGCCCUCUACAACGGCUCGCCACUCACCCACGGAUUCGCACGCUUUAUUCAGGACGCGCAUGUGACGGUGUUGGGGGUGGUGCCCAGCCUCGUGCGCUCCUGGAAGGCCUCGGGCUGCACCGACGGCUGUGAUUGGUCGCACAUACGCCUCUUCUCCUCCACAGGAGAGGCCUCUCUCCCAUCUGACUACCUCUGGCUCAUGUCACGAGCACGCUACCAUGCACCAGUGCUGGAGUACUGCGGGGGCACUGAGAUCGCCGGGGCCUUCCUCACCGCCUCCCUGCUGCAGCCCCAGGCGCUCUCCUGCUUCAGCACCCCCGCCAUGGGGUGCAGAGCGGUGCUGCUGGGUGCGGAGGGGGACGGGGGUGUGGGAGGGGAAGGGGGCAGUGGUAAGGGGGCGAGAGUGGUGGAUCCUGGGGAGUGGAGGACGGGGGGGAGUGGUGGGGCUGGUGGAGUGGAGGGCGGUGAUUGGCUGAUGGGGGAGUGCGCGCUCAUGCCUCGCAUGCUGGGAGCUUCGUGGAAGCUUCUGAACGCGGAUCACUACAGGGUCUACUUUGAAGGCAUGGCGGAGUUCCACGGCCAGCGCCUGCGGCGGCAUGGGGAUGCGGUGGAGUGGGGGGCGGGGGGCUACUGGCGAGCACACGGGCGCACCGACGACACCAUGAACCUGGGCGGCGUCAAGGUGGGGUCGGUGGAGGUGGAGCGGGUGUGCAACACGGCCCACCCUGCCGUGUCAGAAACAGCAGCCAUUGGCGUCGCGCCACGUGGAGGCGGGCCAGAGGAGCUGGUGGUGGUGGCGGUGAUGAGAGGAGAGGCAGGGGUGGGGGAGAGGGGAGAGAGGAGUGAAGGGAAGAACGGGGUGGAAGGGAGAGUGGUGUCAGAGGAUGAUCUGAGGAAGGUGUUUUCUGCUGCUCUGCAGGCCCAUCUGAAUCCGCUCUUCAAGGUGGCAGCAGUGUGGGUGGUGCCAUCGCUCCCCCGCAAUGCAUCCAACAAGGUCAUGCGCCGCGUGCUGCGAGACCUCUACACCCACCGCCAUCGCACCAAGCCUGCCACCACACUUCCCACUCGGGGCCUUGUUGGAAUCGCAGGCCGAGCUACCUCUCGCCUUUAA